AUGGUCAACAGCCAAGGGACCGUCCACAACGGCCCACCUAAUGGUGGCUACAUGCAGCCGCAAGCUGCAGAACAACGUCCGAUGGCGCGACCGUUUACGCUGUCUGAGGCACUGCCUUAUUCUCCUCAAACCUCCGUCAUUCCCUUUACCUCAGAUCUCAUUCCCGACCCGACACUCGGUUCUGGCUCGCUUGCUUCUAGCAUCUCGCAUAUGUUCAACAGUCAGGAGUACGACAGCCUGAGCAAGGAAGCAACUGGACAAAAUCAUAAUCAUGGGAUGAAGCACCUGAAGUACGCAGUCGAUCACGUACUGCACGACUUGAAGCCCAAUCAGCGGACUUAUUUCAAAUUCAAGACUGUCCCCAAAACGAAUUCGAAUACGGCCAGUAGUCCAGCAGGAUCUUUCCAGAGCCUAAGUGCUGGCCUUUCCCCGGUAGCGAAGAUGGUGUUCGAUAGGGCUCCAACAUUCGUCAAGCCUCCGGGAGCAUCUAGUGCUACCUCUGUCUCUGCCAACGGACAAAUUACCCAACAGCCGCAGCAACCUCCAUCGACACCGAAAUCUGCUCUGCCAUCGUCGAAGCGUCCAUCAGCGAGUGCAGAAUCUAACCAUGGAAACAACUUCCGCUUCGAAGUAGCGAUUCCAUCCAAGAAAUUCGAUCCCAGCGCAUACGUAGAGGUCCCCGAUCAACCCGCUCCACAGCCAGCUACCGUCAACCCGUCCGACGUCACUAGAAUCGUCACACCCACCCAGAUUGCUCCGAGGCACCUCACUCCCACUCAACCUCAGCACUCAGCGCCGGCAGCCCCUGUACAGCCUGUUUCCGCCCAACCGAAUCCUACGCAGCCUUUAAUGCCGUCGACUACACAAGGACCACCGUCCGCGGUCGAAGCCCAGAAGACGAAGUUCGCAAUAGAAUUGCCUCGCGCCCCUGGAUUCAAUAAGGAUGAAUAUCUCGAGAUGGCAGCCCUGGACUCUCCGGAUGAGCCGACAGGAUUGUCUAUGCGGAGACAAGAUGGUGCUUAUCAAAGCCGACAGGAUAAUAUCAGUACCAAUCUUAACCAGAAGCAACGGGCAGAAGCAGCGCUCCAGGAUCUUGAGCGAUUAAUCAAGAGCGUUCUCGAUGCCACUAGAAAUGUGCUCGGAAAUGAACCUGGUUAUGAACAGGUUGCUACGCUAAACUCCGAAAAUGAGGCCAUCUUGACGGGUGCCACGCAGCAGAAGCUGCAGACUGCCAUCCAAAAGUCCAUCGAAUUAGGAAGCUACGGCGAUGCGCCAAUAGAGGAACUCCAGUAUGUUCAGAAGUUGAGCGACGCGGGCCUGACGCAUACACUCAACCUUGACUAUCGAAUUGACGAGUCUUGGGGCGAGUCCGACGUCACAGGCUGGCUAAAUCAGCUUCCAGAGAUUGAGAUGGGGUUGAAGACUGCUCGCACGUGCCUGCGCAUAAUGUGCGGUGGCAGAGAAGAGAAGCAGAUCUACUCUGAGGAGAUCAUUCAGAAGUCGACCGACGUCUUCAAGGGGGUUGUCGAGGGCAUUGUUAUUCCCGUUGUCGAGAUGAGGGGCAGUGGUCCAACAUCCGCUCUAUUCAAACUAUUACAACCUCACAAAAAGGCGAUUGGCCCGAUUCUCACGAACUGCCAGAAGCUGUUCGCGCUGCUUGCCAAACUCGUCACAAGCAUAGAGCUUUCAGACACUACCCUCGGCAUGCUAGAAUUCGCCGCAUCGAGCUUGCUUUUCGUCGACAAUGCCUACCUGGAAAAAGACUCCGUUGUUGGCGUACAGCGAUUCGAUGGCAUUCGCCUGGUCGCAAUGGAGAUGCUCUGCCAGAUUUUCCUCGCCAAACCUGACCAACGCCGUGGCAUCUUUGACGACAUCCUCACCUCGUUGGAAAAGCUCCCCGUUGGAAAGCAGAGUGCUCGCCAGUUCCGACUAUCGAACGGCGGAAGCAUUCAGCCGGUUUCGGCGCUGAUCAUGCGUCUUGUCCAGGCCAGCUCUGGCAAGGUUGACGAGAAGGGCACGCGCAGUCGCCUAGCCAUGAUGCAAAAUGAAGAUCCGGACGAGGAUGAGCUGAUGACCCAGCCUGGCAAACAGACCGUGGCUGCGACUGUCAAGUCAGAGGAUGCCGGUGCAUCGCAACAUGUUCUUGCCUUGGAGGAGCUCAAGGUUGUGGCCUUGCCAUUAACUGAAGGCUCGACGCACAACGCGAACUACGUGGUCAAUUUCAUGGUCAACCGCGCCCUGAAGUCCACAAAGUCCGGCGACACUCCUUACCGCAAUCUCCUCGACCUUUUCGUGGAGGACUUUACAGAAUGUCUCGACUCUCCCGACUGGCCGUCCGCUGAGCUCAUUCUUCGUCAGAUGACAUUUUACAUGAUGAAACUCUGGGAGGGAGAUAGGACCGCCGCGCCUGCCAAGAACAUGGCCCUUGAACUUCUUGGCGUCAUGAGUGCUGCAGUUUCAAAACUCCGCUCACAUGUUCGCAAGGUCGCCUACUCGAUGGAUGGAAGCGACUCAAAUGAAUUAUUACGAUAUCUAUCAGAGUUGGCAACCUCUGCGCUGGAGCAGAAAAGUCGAAUCGAGCAUGACGUCUCUUGGUCAGGACCAUUCCGAACGACCCUUGAACACCUUCAGCAGCGGUGUGGCGACGACCCUCACUUGCAAGGUGCCAUUUCCUUCCUGAUUGUAGAUUGGGCGCAGAGAAUCUUCACCGGGUACGAUGGCUUGCAAGAAACCAAUGAUUCGCUGGACCACGAGUUUGGACGGCUUGCCUUCCGCCUACGGAUGAUGAUCGAAGACCGUCGGUGGCUAUCCAACGAGUACACCUUCAAAGACGUCAACAACAGCCACGCAAAGUUGGCAUAUUCCAUCAUUCUACUCCGCUCACCGUUUUGCGAACACUUCAGAGCUAUGCUCAACGUUCUGCUUAACGCCAUGGCUAGUGACCAGGCCACCGUUCGCAGCAAGAGUCUCAAGAGUAUCAACCAGCUUUUGGAAACAGAUCCGGCUAUCCUAGACGGUGACUCCGUUGUGGUUCAUUUAAUCAUCAACUGCUCAAGUGAUUCGUCUCCUCAGGUGCGCGACUCCGCGAUUGGCUUGAUGGGCAAGUGCAUUGGCCUGCGCCCGAGACUUGAAGAUAAGAUGGCAGAAAGAAUCAUUGAAAGGUUCAUCGACUCUGGCAUCGGAGUGAGGAAGAGGGCAAUGAAACUGGCCCGAGAUAUUUACCUCCGCAACCAAAGCCGGGAGAUCCGCAGCUCUAUUGCCAAUGGCUUGCUUCAUCGUGUGCAAGACCCUGAUGAAGGCGUUCGAGAGCUUGCUCGUCAGAUGAUUGAGGAGGUUUGGUUCGCCCCGUUUUACCAGGUCAACGACACAGCAGCCUUCAAAACGUCACUCACCGAUCACGUUGCUCUCAUGAUCCAGACGGUUAAGUCUGGCAACGUUGGCGCAGUCCUCGACAAAGUUCUUCAGUCCAUUCUGGGUGGACAAAACAAAUCCCAGAACGGCCCUUUCGGUGUCAGCAUGAAGCUGGUUGAGAAGAUGUUCGAGCUUAUUGAUAAUCUCGACUCCGACGAUCCUAACAUCCCAUCCGGAAGAGAUGCGUUGCAAGUACUGCAAAUAUUUGCCAAGGCAGACCCCAAGCUUUUCACUUUUGAGGAGAUAAGGCUGCUUAAACCCCAUCUCGCUAGCAUAAGUGGUGCUGAUGACUUGGCCGUCUUCAAAGCUGUGACAAUCAUCUAUCGGCAGAUCUUGCCGCAACUGACCGCGAAAUAUGCGGACUUUCUCCGGGAAGUGAGAGAACAGCUUCAAAACUCUGUUGGCAGACUUAACAAGAACCUUCUGGAUGAUGUUGUUGCUUGUCUGUGGAUUAUUGCUGAUCUCUUGGACAAUCGUGAUAAGCUGGCCCAUCUGGGCGCUUCUAGUUUACGUGGAGUCGCCAGCAUGCGAAAUACACAGAUGGACGCAACCAAACUCAUGAAGUUUGCCAGAUAUUCGAUAAUUGUCGGAAUGGUCGGCAAGCAUUGCGAUUUGGACUCCGAGCUUGCCGUCUUCCUCAAAAUCUUCCCAAAGUAUUCAGGCAAGUCUGUGGCAAAGCUCAUGGUCGACAAUUUGUCGCCGUGGGCCGAUGCCUCACAGCCCAUGGAGGCCCGGAAGCAUGCCCUCGACGCCAUCGGCCUCAUCUGCCAGGCGCAUCCCCGAAACUAUGUGUCACCGAACGUGUACACCAAGUUUCAACAAGUUUUCGAAGCCAAAGUGCCGGCACUUGAGAGCACGAUUCUCCGGUCUUUCAAGGAAUUCCUCCUCACGGAGGAAAAACGAUCCGAGGCUGCCACUGCCGCCGCUGCCGCCGGCUACGAGACUGACAAGAAGCGCGAGCUGACAGUGAUGGGUGGAACGAGCUUCGAUGACGUGGCCAGUGCAACUACCCAACGCUUCCUGAAGGAGGUUACUCGUAUAGCUCUGUCAUCGCAAGAUGAGCACGCCUUCCUCGCAGUAGAAGUACUUGGCAGCAUCAAUCGACAAGGUCUCGUGCAUCCCAAAGAAACGGGUGUGACUUUGAUCACCCUGGAAACAUCAUCGAUGACCAAAAUAUCCGAGGUCGCAUUCAUGGAACAUCGAGCGCUCCACGAGAAACAUGAGACCGUCAUUGAAAGAGAGUAUGCCAGAGCCAUACAAGCCGCCUACGAAUACCAACGAGACAUCGUUGGAGAUACUCGUGGCGCCACGACGAACCCUUUCCAGUCCAAGCUUCAUCUUCUGAUGGAGGUGCUGAAAGUGAGUAAGACAAAGAACCGACAAAAGUUCCUCGAGAAACUUGUGGGCCAAGUCGAUUUCGACUCUUCGAAGCUUGAUGUUUCUAAGCCGUUACCUGCGCAUGUCGAAUUCUCCCGCUUCAUGAUCGAGAACCUCGCCUUCUUCGAUUAUGUAACCGUUGGAGAAGUGCUAGUCACUGUGCAUGCGAUGGAAAAACUGUUCUCAUCAACCGGAUCCAGCAUGGCGCACGUCAUCGAGUCCGAAAUCUUCAAUAUGCGCAUGGACUUGGAUAAGCCGGACGACCCGCAAGCCAACGGUGAGCCGCAGCAACCCGAGUUGAAUAUUUCUCCCAAAAGGCUUCGCCAACUCACUUCCGGUUCCAUCAUACUUCUCUGUCUUUGGGAGGCAAGAACAUACCUUCGGCGUCUCUAUGGCUUGGGCAGCAAACGCGAGACCAAAACCAAAAUGGCAGCCAAGGAUCUUAGCAAAGCACCUACGAAAGUACAGGGUGUAACUGGAGAUAAGUUCUGGGAGGAGGUGAACUCACAUAUGAAUGGCCUCGCAACCCAGGAAUCCACUUUGCAGAAGUGCAAGGCCUUCGUGGAACUGAUGAACGUCGACAAAGAGUUCAAGGUUGUCGAUGAGGAUGAUAUGGACGGCGAAGAUGCUGACACUCCUAGUGAGGGUGAAGAGGAUGGUCCUGCCGGUGAUGGAAGAGGCCGGAAGCGUAAGGCUGGCGCACUCCCUGGCGGUCGCAAGAAACGCGCGCGCUCCACCUCCCGACCGAGACCCCGCGGCCGACCUCGCAAAAACCCGGUGGAAGUUGUCGACGACGAUGCAGAUGGCGACUUCGACGACAUGGACUUUGCCUAA